AUGUACCAGAGCUCCAAUUUCGAUGCCUUGCAGAAGUUUUGUAAGGAGGAAAUGCGGAAGAAGAGUAAAUACAAGGCUGAUUUGGAUCGCGUCAGUGCAGAAUAUAAGAAGAAAUGCAAAGAAGUGGCAACACUUAAAAAUCAAAUUGUGAAGAUGAGCAGUUGUACUGUCAACUUAAACGAAUUGACAAGCGAUCCUUUUCGUACUCCAGUAGCAGGAAAAGAUCAUGGUCAGCGUAGUUUUACCACGUCUACCCCUUAUGCACAUCCUCGACAGCGACCCGAGGAUGUAACGGAGUCUACAAUGAUGACCACCAAUCACACCGACAGUGGCAAUUCAUUCGGAGCACUUGGUAUUCCUUUGGUAUCGAUGGAUUCUGGUGGCGAGAUCUCGAAUCUUGCUCGCAUGACAUCUGCCAUGUGCAGAAACGGUAACAAUUCUACUAAUGACACGCUUGAAAAGGACAAGCGCAUCGACGAACGAGGCUUUUACCCGCUUUUCUCAAGCAGUGAAACAGUAUUACCUUCAUCAGAGAGUUCUAAUAUACAUGGCAAGACCCGCGGUCAAGAUGUGGACACUACAUCUUCCAACGAUAAUUGCUCGGCUAAAACUCCGGCAACAAAAAAAUCGAAGCUGGAUAUAAUGUCAAAGACUCAACCUCUGCCGAUGAAGUCUGCAUCACCAUUUUAG